GAUAGAAAAAGAGAAAGAGAGAUUUAAGUUUGGAGUCGCGCGCACGUAUAUGUACAGUAAUACACACGGAGGCAUUUAAGUGCAUAUCGGAGUUUGUGUCACUGGACUCGCGUGAGUCCGUGUUACGUUACAUGCGCGCGAGUGUACAUGUUAUAUCGCAAGCAUAUGGGAGCAGAAGCGAGACAGACUGAGACUAUAAUAAUUGCGAGGAGUGAGAGACGCGAGCAGCAACGCAGUAUAGCACCUUCUAUUUCUCUCGCUCCGUCGGUGAUCGGACAGAGUCAGUCGUGUCCGGAGAGUACGUCCGUGUAAGCCUAUCAUAUACAUCGACUCCGCGACGCGUGUGGUUGUGUCUGUGUGCCGUGCUCCGUGUUAUAUACACGCAUAGAUAUAUAUAUAUUUGUCAGUGCACGAGUUUCCAAGUGAUCGUCGCUCGCGCAGCAGCAGCAGCAGCAGCAGCGAAACCGAGCGAGAAAGAGAGACAGACAGACAGCAGCAGCAGCACAUAUUGGUUUCUCAUUUAUUUUUGCUCCUGGAAUCGGAAUUAUAACAAUAAUUACAUACAAACGGAGAGUUGAACGAACAACAUCAUCAGCAGCAGCAGAAAACGAUGAUCAUUGAAAAUCCGGAGCAGUUCAAGGCGUGGCUAACUUCGGUUUUGGAGCCCUUAUGUGACGCAGAUCCAGCUGCUUUAGCAAAAUACGUCUAUGCCUUGGUCAAAAAGGACAAAAGUUUAGAUUUACUGAGAGUCAGUAUGAUUGAACAGCUUGAUGUAUUCUUACAAAAAGAAACAAAAAGCUUUGUAGAUAUGUUAUUUAAAACUCUUGAAACUCAAGACUACUUACUUGGGGAAGACAAGGAAUUGCAAGAAGAUGGAAGCAAAACACCUCCCCAAGAAGCUCUUGCUACACCCACUAUGUCAGAAAUUGGUGAUAUUUCCCCUGAACACGCUGCAGAAGACGCAUCGGCACCUACCCAACAACUAAACGGAUCUCUACCACAAUCCCCGGUUAAACGAGAAAGAAAGUCUGAAUCUGAAAAAGAAGAAAAAGAAAAAGAAAGAGAAAAAGAUCUCAAAGAAAGAGAAAAAGACAAAAGGCCUCGUAGCCAUAACAGGCUAAGGUCCAGGACAAGAUCUCGCUCGAGGUCAUGGGAAAGAGACAGGCGCAGGUCGAGGAGUCGCGACUACAUGCGACGAGACAGAGAACGCGACAGAAGUCGCCCCUGGAGAAACAAGUCACCACCCAUGAACGUGAGACGACACGACAGGAGACGAUCGCGCAGCCGGAGCACCUCGCCGCUGCGAUCUCGCAUGCGAGACGGCCUCGACUCGCGAAUCGCGCGCUUUCGCAAUCGCUCGCCCAGUCCACUGAGAUCGAGGUCGCGAUCGCCGGACCGAGGAGGUCCGCGCAGGCUCGAGCGAUUGGCUCAGGAGAGUCCGAUCGGCACACCGACUCAAGACAGUAAUCACGGAGACGUUGAUAUGAGACUCUCGACCACUAGUCAAUCCAUUCAAAGUGUCGUAAAUGUGGCUAAUCCAGGUUUCCACAAUAAGAGGAGGUGUCGAGAUUUCGAUGAAAAGGGCUACUGCAUGCGAGGCGAUCUAUGUCCCUACGAUCACGGAACCGACCCCGUCGUUUUGGAGGAUGUAAAUUUGAGCCGGGUUCUGACGUUCGGUGGACCCCAAGGAGGCGCUGGAGCGAACACGUCGGUGGCCGACCCGAUCGCCCAACCCGGAGUGGCGGCUACCGGACCGGCGGGAGCCGCGGUAGGAGGAGCAGGCAUCGGCCCAAACGGUAACGCACCUGGGCAGCACUUGCCACUGGCUAGUUUGCCACCACCUCAUCUGCGCAAUCAGCAUCAUUCUAAUAUGGAUCACAUGGCUGAAUACAAUCCGGACGCGCCGAGCAUGGAACCACAGAUGCCGUGGGGUCGUCAUCCGCCGCCCUCGGGCCCGAUGUACGGACGUGGCCAACGCGAGCUCAUCUCCGUGCCGGUAGCUCCGCACGCGAACUCCUCGGAGCAGCACGGACCGCCGAGCUCGCAUCAGCAACAGCAACAGUCGUCGCAGCAACAGCCUCAGGCGCAGUCCCAGCCGCCCUCUCAUCAGCACCAGCAGCAAGGAGGUCAGCAGCAGCAGCCACCCUCGCAUCAGCAGCAGCCGCAACACGCUCAGUCGCAGCAGCCGCACAAUCCCCUGAAGCGCAAACAGACCUUCGAUUUCAACCGGCUGGGCCCGAAGCAGAGGGCCGUCAACAAUCAAGCCAAUUGCUCGCUCGAGUUGAAAAAAGUCCCGAGGAACCUGAACAACAUCACCCAGUUAAACAAUCACUUCAGUAAAUUUGGUAAAAUCGUUAAUAUUCAAGUGAACUUUGGCGGUGAUCCCGAGGCCGCCUUGGUCACUUUCCAAGCGCCGAACGAAGCGAAGAGCGCCUACAGGAGCACCGAAGCCGUAUUGAACAACCGCUUUAUCAAAGUUUUCUGGCACAAUAACAACUUAAACAAUAAUGCAACAAGUGGAGCCAGUGAGAAUGUGCCGCCUGCAGGGAAGAAUGCCACUCACCUCCGACCAUCGGCGAAAGAUCGUCUGGGCGCUCAAGUCAAGCUCGAGGCUCCAAUCAAGGUUGAAGAGACAGAAUACGUUCCGACAAAGCGAAGUAACGAAGAAGUACAAAAACCCAUCAAUGCGUCGGUGGCGAGUCAGCCAUCCACGACCGUCGCUCCGGCUCCUCCAGUCGUUGUCAAAACCGAAAAAGCAGAUAAAGCCGAAAAAGUACUGGCGAUCAAAAAGAACCAAGAGAUGCUUGCCGUCAAAGAGUCAUUGAAAAAGAAGCAAGAAGAAAAGCGUAAAGAGGCCAUCAAGUUGACGGCAGAUUUACGAAAACGAAAGCAAGAACUACUUGAUAAACAAUUGGCUGAAAUGAAAUCAUUGAUCGAACGCGUGGAGAAAAAUCCAGAGCAAAAAGAAAUGAUCAUGAACACAAUCAAAACAGUCCAGUUGUCAAUUGAUAGCCUUAGAAAAGAUCUGGCUACUCCGAAUAACGGAGCGAAUACCCAAGUUUCCGGUCCCAAAAUAAAGACGAGAGAACAGGCACAGAAAGAGAUUCUUGAUGCGGAAUUGGAUCUGAUUACAGCUCAACAGGAGGGUCAAGAUUCAUUAGAACUACAGAAAAAGGUUUUAGAACUUAAAGCUCAAGCUGCGGCGAUAACUUUGAAUCCCACUGUUGGCAGAGGAGGAGUUAGGCUGACCAGGCCACCUAGAGCUGCUUUAAGUUACAGAGGAAGAGGUCGAGGAGGAGCUGUAGGAUACAAUCACGCGCUAGCCUCGGUUGACCAUAGGCCCACAAAUCUUUUAGUCUCUGGGUAUGAAACUGAGGAAAAAAUGGAUGUGCUUGCUCAUUUUCAGCAAUUUGGAGAAAUAGUGAAUCAAAUUGUGGAUGAUGCUACUCCAUCGAUCGUUUUGAAUUUUAAAUCACGAAAGGAAGCUGAAUUAGCCAUGUCAAAGGGACGUCAUUUCCAAGAUCGCACGUUGUCCAUAACGUGGGUAGCCUCCCAUCAAAUACAUCGCGGUGGCGUUAACAAUACUGGCAGUUCAAAUGCAGGAAAUGCGGCCUCUCAGAGAGCUGACCAAGUACAAGCUAUUACCGAUGAAGAGAUCGACUUAGAGAGCGCGGACGUUGAAGCGCUAUUGCUAGAUGAAGGCGAGGAAGAAGAGGAGGAGGACGGCGAGGCCAGAAGCUGGCGGCGAUAGCAGAGCUGUGAAUUUUCGGACUAAUUGCUACAUAAUGUUUUUUAUUAUCGAAAUAUUAUUAGUUGUAAGAGUAUCUCUUUAGUAAUAUCGGCGUGCAUUAAAGGCACUAAAUAUAAAUUAAUUAUAAAGCUACCAAUCGAAGUCCUUUUCUGCAUGUGAAGUCGAUUGGCAGUAUCUUUUGGAAUACAAAAUCAUCAUAAAUUUAAAAUUAACGUGAGCAUGAACGAAAGGGAUACUUGAACGAAUUAUUAUUUAGAAGUAUGUAAAAUUGUGUGUCGAAAAUAAUUGAUAAUAAUAAUUGUUAUUACUAUGUAUGUAUAUCUUAUAAGUAUACCAUACCGUACAUUUAAUGAAAUGGUAUAAAAUUGAAUACAAUUUUGUCCUAUAUUACGAAGUAUAAUUUCUUAGCAAUGUAAGAAAAAAUAUAGCAACAUUAUGAUAUAAAAUACAAUGAAAAUAAUGAAAUGAAUUAUAGAAAUCGAAAAA